CAUAAACUGUGUCGCGACGCGUUCUUUCUCUUGUUUCACACCAUUUCGUUGAUGAAGUAUGAAAAGACAUCGGAGAAUUCGGCUUCCGUGACAGAUUCAACGGAUAACGUGUUUCUAAGGCACUUCUGAGCGACUUCAACUCUCCUCAGCCCUCAAAAGCUUCAUCACAGCAGCCGGAGCAACAUCUCGACACCGGAGAUAAAUCUGGAAGGAUUUACCUGAGCCUGUUCGAGAUAAGGGAAUAAACCCCAUGCCGAUUAUAUAAGGGUUUUGCGACAUACCAACAUUGCAAAAAAGUCGGGAGAGAGAAACGCUCGCUUCCUCACCACUAUACUAUAUAUUAUGGACAAUGUAACCUUAGAGCUGGACGUAGCUGACUUUUCCGGAUUAAUUUCCACAUUUAGUUAUGCGGAGAAGCCACCUAGUCUUUAUUACUGGACGAACCGCACGAUUUCGGACGAAUGCGACUGAGACACUGGAUUCAGAUGAUAUCGUCUUGAUGCAUGCAGGUUUGCGCUGGUCAAUAGAUUGAGACUGCUCUGUGAAGUCUAUAGAGGACCGACAUCAGACAUCCAACCGCAUGCUUUGGGCAUGUUGCCCUCGCCCCAGGUGUGCGUGUCUACUCUGGUGACAGUGAGCACAAUGGCAGUGGUUGACCUCUACCUGCUGGAGCAGAGCAUGCUGGGACCUCGAGGCGGAGCCCGUCCUGCGGUAUGGCCAUGUGUUGCUGUCGCGCUGGGUGACCUGUGUUUCCUACUUGCACUGCGCUUCGUCUCUGCCGGUGUGGUCUCAGAAGCUCACUCUUCCCGCCGGGGCUUUGCCAACUCCCUCUGGUUCCUUUUCCUCUCUCUGCUGCAGCUGAAGCUUUUCUUUGUGUGUCAAAAUUACAGACAAGAGAGGCGGCCUCCAGAUCCCCUCGCCCGUAAGACUUUAACUCUAUUACUUUCUGUCUGCCUGCCCUCGCUAUUUCUCAUCCUGACAGGAACCGAUUACAUGACCCCCCUUCGCAGAAAACAGGAGGUGCGGAGUCGACUUCUGUGGGUGGUGGUAGACUUGCUUGAUGUGCUGGAUCUUCAAGCCGGGCUAUGGGAGGUACAGGGCAGCGUGGGAGUUCCACUUUGGGUGGAGGGUAUCGUUUUCUUCUACUGUUACGUGUUGCUGCUGUUGCUGCCAUGUGUGUCGCUCACGGAGCUGGGUGCUACAGCACUGCCUGGGCUGCAGGCGGCUCGGAAGGAGGCCAUCUAUCCUUGGCUCAGUUUGGUCACCAUUAAUGUGUUUACACUUGUGCCGAGGGGGGUAGGGAUGCUGUGGUACAGGGACCCACGUGUAUCUACAGUGUUUCUGGGGAAAAACCUGCUAGCUCUUGCAGUGAAGCUGAGCUCUGCCUGGGAGAGGCACCGAAAGAGCAGCGGAGGGGUUCAGGGAGCAGAAGCCAUCACAGGACCUGGAAACCAGAAUCGUGGGGUGGCUUCAGAACAGGCGACGGAGCAGGAGCAAGGGUGCACAUCUCCAACGCCGUCAUCUACGCGCUCUCACACACUUUCACGCACUCAUGGGCACAGCCACUCGCUCUCUCAUGUGAGUCUGGAUCCCACUGAGACCUCGCUGGGGCCAGCUUACAUUUCCCAUGAGCUCUAGACAUCCAAAGGCAUGAAAAGCCCUGUAUCUGGAACUGCCAAUAAUUGGGCUUGUGGUCCAUGAGCAUCCCUAAAUUCUCUUUGCUUUUGCCAAGAUUAGCAGAGAUCUCACUGUAUUAGCACACUUUGUCGUUUGUAUAACUGAUGACUUUUAAAGCCAAACAUGAGCAGCCUACUGUGGUGUGAAGCUCCCAGACAAAACGAUAAUUGGGUUGAGGUGGGAGUUGUUUUAAUUAAGUGCCUUCUUAUAAGAACAACAAUUAAUACUGUUACUCUGGUUCAGCUUGGUGUUUGUCAAGGACUUGGAUUAUACCAUGUACUGUGAAGCAUGAUCACUGUUAAUAUUACACUCUUUAAUAAAAUCUUCAAUGGACACAUGUCUCAAACAUGUUACUUUGUCUCUUGAAUGUCAAACCAACAAAUGAUGGGUUCAACUGAGACUGAGGGAGCUCUCAGAUAAAUUGGUGGAGAUUCAUCAACACAUAAUGAAAGCAUUUCAUGAAUGCUGUGUGAUAUCGAAAUCACAAUUUCCAUUGUUGGUCUUUACAAACAAAUUAAUCAUAUCCUCCAACUUAAAGUAAUUUUUGUCAGAGACUUAGCCUUUUGGGAAGUAUUCCGACAUAUGGUGCAGUAGGGUCAUGCGUGACCCAGGAUCAAGUCCCGACAUAAGGUCCUUUCCCGAUCUCAUAUCCCCUCUUCUCCCCUUGGUAGAGUUGCACUAGCUGUGCAUAAGGUCUCAAUUAAGUUGGGGCGUAAAUUUCAAACUAAGGGCUUAUAAUUACUAGUUAGUUUGUACAAAGUCAGUGCUUAAUUUAGUUUCACCACCAGUUGUUACGGCACCACCAGUUCUUAUGGCAAGUCUUAGUAAGUAGGUCAUAAGCUCCCCAUACAGCAAUGUAAAUAUGCAUAAUAUGACGUUUACAUUUACUGAUCCAAUAAGCAGCCUUCAAAUUUGUAAACAAAUGUUGAGAAGCGGUGCAUUUCAAUCUGUAAAUAUAAUAGAUAGAAUAUUUAAAUAUGUAAAUAAUAUUCAGGAACUGUAAUUAAUAAGGGGCAAUUAAUAAAUACUAACACCAAAGACUAGAAAAUUUACAUUUAUUCAUUGUAGUAUCCUAUCUAUUUUUUUUGUGUUGAAACCUGGCAUGCCAGUGACACCAGACAAUGCGCACAGGAAAGUGAACCGCUUGGAUUGGCUUUAUGCUGAAGACCCGCUGAAGUCAGUUUUUUACAUAAUGUUUCUCUCGUAAAUGUAAACGAGUGUAAAUGUCAACAUCAUAUUUUUAAAUGAAGUCUGUCAUGCAAAACAUGCUUCUUUAUUCCAACUGUUACUCAAAGUCAGAGGCUUCCGUAAAUAUGAACUUUAUACGUAGGGUUAUAUUUCACCUAAGUUUAAGGUGCAAUGCUAAGUUAUUUAGUAGUGCAUAAAUGUAACUUAGUACUAAAUUAUGCAAUAAAUAGUCACAGCAUUUACUUACGCAUAGCUUGUGCAACCGACCUCUGUUGUUUCCUGUCUCCCUUUCCACUUUCCUAACUAAAACGUGAAAAGUACCUGUUCAUAAUACAGUUUUAACUUUCAAAAAGGCAUUUGCACAGUGAUGAUUAACCUUCAACUUUAAAUGUAUCAUAGUUACCACAUAAACCAAAGUGUCAGCCUCAUUGUGGUUACCUUUCUUUGAGCUUUCUAUGUGUCUGAGGAUUAUGUUUGGGAAGAGACAGUGACAGAGAAUGAAUCCUGGUGCAGAAGAUGAUGGGGAGGGGGGGGGGGAUUAUUCACUCUCCAUCAGCAGCCACUAAAGCCCUCUACAAUCCCCUCGUCCUUGCUCUGAUAAACCUUUAUUGCUCCUAUUAAUUGAAAUGGGACUCAUUUUUCAAAGAGCUAAGAGCUUAUACCGCACUUAAUUUGUGAUUUACAGAGAGUAUUUACAGAAUGUAAAAGCGGACAAACUUGCAUGACGAAAAAAGCUAAUAUUAAUUCUACACUACAAAUUAAUGGAAUUACAGAGAGCAGUUCCUGGGAGUCUGUUUUAGUUUCAUAUGUUUCAUAAAAUCUGUUUUAGUGAUAUGAACCAGAAUUCAGACCAGAAUUCAGUUCCUCAGCCUUUCAUCUCUCUUUCUCUCUCCCUGUUUUUUUUUAUUUCAAAUACACACACUUUCGUUACGUUCCCCUAUGGCAGGGGUCGGGAACCUAUGGCUCGCGAGCCACAAGUGGCUCUUUGUUAAAAAAUCAAGUGGCUUGCGGGGUGUCUCACCAUUCACAACACAUAAUCGUUCAAAACUUUCUAGAGAUAAUUUUCCUGCAGAAAGUGUGGGUGCGAUUGCAAAGCUUGAACUAUUUUGAUUUCCUUUCUCCCGAAUUUGUUGGACAGCCUACUUCUGGUGAACAAGGUUUGAAACGAACACCCGCUAAAUGCUGAUUUUUCAUGCGGAGUAUUUUGCUGAUGUACCAGCCACUGUGGAAGGUGAACUGUAAGACUUAGAGUGAUAUAUUACAAGAAAUUAGACACAAAUACGCGUGUUUGACGAAAUGUGAUUCUAUUUUGAAGAACAGAUGAAAGAAAAGCCGCUGAUGCGCAUCUGAUUUUAUAUGUGCGCAG